AUGCUUGUUUAUGUGGCUGAUCUUUGUGAGGAAGGUGAAAUUAGCAGUGUAGAUGAGGUUGUUUUUAAUCAUAAUGAUAACAAUAAUAUUAACAACCCAACAGAAAUUAAAUGGUCAUUUGAUGUAAACUUAAAUAAUAAUCAAGUAAAAGAGAAAAUUUAUGUGGAGAAACCUUUAAUGUCAUAUAGUUUUGAUCUGGGAAUUAAUUCAUAUAAAUCAAUAGAGAAAAUUUCUAUGGAGAAAUCUUUAAUGCCAUAUAGUUUUGAUCUGGGAAUUAAUACCAUUAAUAAUAAUUCAUACAAGUCAACAGAAAAAUUCCUAUCUAAAAAAAUAUCCAGUUGUUUAGGAGGCCCUAUUCAUAAUUUAAUUGCUUCAACUACUAUUUUUAAAAACAACCCUCAAAUGACACUUGCUGAAUUAGCUCAUAAAUGCGAUACAUUAACUUUAUCCAAAUUAAUGAAUAAAACAAAUGUAGAAGAUUAUAGAGAGGAAAUCACUAAAAAAUUUUUCAAGGAUGGUUAUGAUGAUUUAGAGAAAUCGUUGAAACCUUGGAUUCUUGACUUGGAAAAAAAACCAUUAUUCAGUUAG